AACGCGACAUAACCUGCGAAAAGACCGGAGGUCAUCGAUUGAUGGGCGGUUUACGGUGCUUUCGACAGUUGUAGGAAAAAGUCGGCAACAUUCAGUCACCGUCAGGAAACACGGCGGGCCAGAGCGCGAUGAAGGAACCCGAGGCGGAUCCGAAAAAUAUAAUAAAGAGCAGAGAGCUGCUCUACAGGCUGAUGAUCAGUCAGCUGUUCUACGAUGGUCAUCAGACACUAGCCGUGCAGUUGUCCAACAUGAUGCAGGCAGAACCACCGUGCCCACCCUCGGAUCGAUUGCUCCAUUUGAUGUUGAUCGGCACUGCCCACGAGCCGGAUCGUUCCAAGAAGGAUAACAGCACCAGCCUGUCCACGUUUGCGUCGAGCUUCGACAAUACCUUAGGUCCUGGGUUGGAUCUGGAAUUCGAGACGGAGACUCAGACUCAAGCACCAGAACCGGCGCAAUAUGAAACGGCGUAUGUCACGUCCCACAAAGGAAACUGCAGGGCUGGGGCUUUCUCGUCGGACGGUCAGUUGAUAGCCACCGGCUCCGUGGAUGCCUCGAUCAAGAUCUUAGACGUGGACAGAAUGCUGGCCAAGUCCGCGCCGGAGGAGAUCGCGCCUGGAGACCAGACCGGUGGCCAUCCGGUUAUAAGAACUUUGUACGAUCACUUGGAAGAAGUGACGUGUUUAGAGUUCCAUCCCAGAGAGCCUAUACUCGUGUCCGGCAGUCGCGACUUCUCCGUGAAAUUGUUCGAUUUUAGCAAGGCCAGCGUCAAGAAGGCAUUCAGAACCAUCACGGACGCGGAUCAAAUUCGAUGUCUGUCCUUCCAUCCGACCGGAGAUUUUCUCAUAGUUGGGACCAAUCAUCCGGUGGUUAGAUUGUACGACGUAAAUACCGCACAGUGCUUUGUGUGCAGCAUACCGAGUCAUCAGCACACAGCCGGGAUAACGAGCAUCAAGUAUUCGCCGGACGCAAAGACUUACGCAUCGGCGGGAAAAGACGGUAGCAUCAAGCUUUGGGAUGGCGUGUCGAAUCGAUGUGUGAACACCUUCGCGAAAGCGCACGACGGCUACGAAGUGUGCUCGGUGAUCUUCACGAGGAACGGCAAGUAUUUACUGUCCUCAGGAAAAGAUUCCCUGAUAAAGUUAUGGGAAUUAUCUACUAGCAGAUGUCUAAUAGCGUAUACAGGCGCCGGAACUACAGGUAAACAAGAGCACAAGGCACAGGCUAUCUUUAAUCAUACCGAGGAUUACGUGAUGUUCCCCGAUGAAGCCACUACCUCGUUGUGCGCAUGGAAUUCUCGUAACGCAUCGCGGAAACAGUUGCUGUCAUUGGGUCACAACGGUCCUGUGAGGAUGAUCGUGCAUUCGCCAACUGCGCCUGCAUUCUUGACAUGCAGUGACGAUUUCAGGGCGAGAUUCUGGUUCCGAAGAAUGCCAACGCAUUAACAGUUUACCGUUAAAAUCAACCACA